AUGUUUAAAAGGCAGUUUAUUUGCAGAUUCACUUAUCAAAAACCCUCACUUGUCCGUCAAAAUCUUAGAAACCUAUCACAGCAAAUACCCAAAAACUCACAGCCAUCCACCACAACAACCUCAUCUUCAUGGUCUUUCAAGUCGCAUUCAAAAAAGUACAUAUUUUUUGGAAUUUUAGGUGCAGGAACCAUCACAUAUUUUUCAAAUGAUACAUUUCAUGAUGGUGUUAGACAUACAUAUUUGACAGCUGGAAGAGUUUCAGUGGUCACAUGGGCAACAUUACAAUGCUUUUAUCAUUAUAGAAAAGUGUUAAACUCAUCCCAUGAAAGCAAGACUGAAUACUAUGAUGAUUUAUCAAAGUGUCAUUUGAAAUGUGCAAAAAUUACUUUGAAAGCUUUAGAAAAAAAUGGUGGUAUCUAUAUCAAAUUAGGCCAACAUAUCAGUGCCAUGACAUAUUUAUUACCAAGGGAAUGGACAGAUACUAUGAUUCCAUUACAAGAUAAAUGCCCAGAAUCAACAUUUGAAGAAAUCGAACAAUUAAUCAAAACGGACUUGGGAUUACCUAUUGAAGAUCUAUUCUCCAGUUUUGACAAAUCACCAAUUGGUGUUGCGUCUCUAGCACAAGUUCAUAUUGGUGUUUUAAAGGCUACUGGUGAAAAAGUUGCUGUGAAAUGUCAACACCCUUCUUUAAAACAAUUUGUUCCCUUAGAUAUCUAUUUGACUCAAAGUGUUUUCACUGCCUUGGAUAAAGUUUUUCCAGAUUAUCCCUUAGUUUGGCUUGGUGAUGAGUUACAGUCUUCAAUUUACGUUGAAUUAAAUUUCAAUAAAGAAGCUGAAAAUGCUAUAAAGACAUCAGAAUAUUUUGAAAACUUUCAAAAGGAAACUGCUCUAAGAAUCCCAAAAAUCGUUUCAUCUUCAAACAGAGUUUUAAUUAUGGAAUAUAUCGGUGGUGCAAGACUAGAUAAUCUUGAUUACAUGAGUGAGCAUCACAUUUCACGUUCAGAAGUCUCAUCAUGUUUAUCCCAUAUUUUCAACAACAUGAUUUUCACUCCAGGUGUCGGUGUACAUUGUGAUCCUCAUGGUGGUAACUUAGCUAUUAGACCAAAACCAGCAACAGAUGCUAAUCCUUCGAAUACUCAUAACUUUGAAAUCAUUUUGUAUGACCAUGGUCUUUACAGAAAUGUUCCUACACAGAUGCGUAGAGACUAUGCUCAUUUUUGGUUAGCACUACUGGAUAAGGAUCAAGAAAAGAUGCAAAAAUAUGCAUUGAAAUUUGCAGGUAUCACAGAAGAGCAAUUCCCAUUAUUUGCAGCUGCCAUAACGGGGAGAGAUAUCAAUACAGCCCUUAACUAUGAUGCUUCCAAAAUCAGAUCAGAUGAAGAAGUUAAAAACAUGAAGGAUGCUUUGGCUGGUGGUGAAAUGUUGACUGAUUUAAUGAAAAUUUUAUCCAAAAUUCCAAGGGUGGUGUUGUUAAUUUUGAAAACAAAUGAUUUGACUAGACAUCUUGAUGAAACUUUGCAAAAUCCUUUAGGUCCAGAACGUACAUUCUUGAUUCUUUCAAACUAUUGUGCCAAAACAACAUAUGCUGAAGAAUGUGAACUAUCUAGAAAAGAUAGUUUCAUUUUCAAAUGGUUCAACUAUUUCAAAGCUUGGAUCAAAUACCAAGAAAGAUCUAGUCAGCUCUUCAUUUAUGAUUUGAUCAUGCUGUUCCAAAACUGGAUUCAUUCUUGA